AUGGGAUCUGUAAAUGAGUUUUAUUCAGUUGAAGAGUUCAAUUUGGAGUGCAAGUGGUUGAUUGAUCCAAAGCAUCUCUUUGUUGGUCCAAAGAUUGGAGAAGGUGCCCAUGCCAAAGUCUAUGAGGGAAAAUACAAAAACCAGAAUGUAGCGAUAAAGAUCCUUCAUAAAGGGGAGACACAGGAGGAGAUUUUAUUCAUCGGAGCUUGCAAGGAGCCUAUCAUGGUCAUUGUAACUGAACUUCUUCUAGGUGGAACAUUAAGGAAGUACUUGCUGAAAAUGAGGCCAAGGGUCAGCAAUGAACAGAAAAGAUUGAAGUAUGUGCAUAUGGCUGGCUCUGUGAUAAAUGUUUACAGCAUUCAUUUGAAGAUAAAAAACUUGCUCCUGACAGCAGACCACAAAACCAUCAAACUUGCUGAUUUUGGUUUGGCAAGAGAAGAGUCAUUGACAGAGAUGAUGACAGCUGAAACUGGAACAUAUUGCUGGAUGGCUCCAGAGAAUACCAGGCCAAGAGCCGAUGAUCUUCCUCAGGAUGUGGCCUUAAUAGUGACUUCCUGUUGGAAAGAGGAUCCAAAUGCUCGUCCCAACUUCACUCAGAUAAUACAGAUGCUUCAACAUUAUCUUUCGACAAUUUUGCCCACAAAGCCUGUGCUACCACUCAGGAUUUUCACUUCAGACACUGCUGUCUUGCCACCCGAGUCUCCCGGUACAAGAGCUUUAAUGGCUAAGCGUGAUGACUCAACUGAGACCCCUACAACACCCUUGGAGAACACACCAAGUGGUGUUGCAGAAAGGUGCAUGACUGAGGAGCAUUUGGAUGCUGGAGUUGGGUUGCUAGAUGUUGAUAACUUCCGGAUGAGCGCUCACGCUUGUUGGAGUGCUACAAAAGGUCGUGGAAACCAAAUUUUAAAGCCAAACAAGCCAAAGGAAGAGGGAGAGGAAAGCUGCUCCAAUUCGUGGUCAAGAGACGUCUCCAUGUUAGAGUUCGUGGAGACGGACAGAACAGGACAGCAGCAUUGA